CUGCCGUAUCUGGGCGGUGAGGAGACGGUGAAGGAGCUGAGGAGGGCUCUGUCCAACCCCAACCCCAACGUCCCCGGUCCCGGGACCGGGGCCGGCCCCCCCACCGGACCCGGUACCCCCUUACCGGUAGCCGGUCCCGGUAGCCCCCCCACGGCCCCCAUUUCUCCCGUCCAGUCCUCCACCUACAAGGCAGCCGUCAUGAACUGGGGUGCUCUGGAGGCACUCCUCAGUGGGGUCAACCAAUACUCCACCGUUUUCGGCCGAGUGUGGCUCUCCAUGGUUUUCGUCUUCCGGGUGAUGGUGUUUGUGGUGGCGGCUCAGCGGGUGUGGGGAGAUGAGAACAAAGACUUUGUCUGCAACACCCAGCAGCCAGGCUGCCCCAACGUGUGCUACGACCACAUCUUCCCCAUCUCCCACAUCCGCCUGUGGGCCCUGCAGCUCAUCUUCGUCACCUGCCCCUCGCUGAUGGUGGUUGGCCACGUCAAGUACCGGGAGAAGAAAGACAUGAAGUACACCACCUCUCACGAAGGUGCUCAUCUCUAUGCCAACCCUGGAAAAAAACGUGGAGGGCUGUGGUGGACAUACCUGGUGAGUCUGAUUUUAAAGGCAAGCUUUGAUGCUGGCUUCCUCUACCUCCUACACCACAUCUAUGAAGGUUUUGAUUUGCCGCGCUUGUCCAAGUGUUCCCUGGAGCCUUGUCCGAACACAGUGGACUGCUACAUAUCCCGUCCAACGGAGAAAAGGAUCUUCACUCUGUUCAUGGUGGUUUCCUCUGCCGUUUGCAUCUUCAUGUGUAUCUGUGAGAUGAUUUACCUCAUCUGCAAACGUAUCCAGAAAUUGAUUCUGAGGAAGAAACAGCUAGACCAAAAAAUGUUUGAAGAAAACCAUGAAAUGGCCCCACUGUCCAGGCCACGUUCCGAAUUCAGGUCCAAAACCUCCGUCAGAGUGGAUCCCACGGUAUCUCUCCAAAACCUCAGUAACUUAAAUGCUGAGAGGGUGACUGUUUCUAGGAAACAGUAA